UCCACCUAUAUUUGAUACUUUCACACAUGUUUUGAUCAGCUAUAGAUUACUAUUUUUGGUGAUAAGCAUUGAAAAAAUCAGCCUUCUAUGUACUGGGGAGGAAAGAUGGAAAGAAAGGUAUGGAGCAACAAUCCUUGCACACACACAAAAAGAAUAUCUCUGAGAUGAAUGAAUGAAGGAUGGAAUGAAAGGCAUUGAAUACGAAGAGGCAACUUUCAAAGACAGUUUUAGCCACAGGCCUUUUCAUGUCAAGAAUCUGGUAUAUCCAAGCUGUAAAAAGCAAAGCAGGAAUUUCUAGGAUCAGUUUCACCCCUUUGACUCAUCCCCUUCCUUUUUGCUCUCACAAGACAAGUCCAGAGUGUGCAACAGGAAACCAAGCAAAAACAAUACAAGAAAAACACAUUUUAAUUUUAGCCACACAGCUGCUUCUGGGUUCUUUAAAUACACUCCCCUCUAAGUGCUUCCAUACACCAAGCUAUCCAAGUGCUCUAGACAGGCUGAGUCUCAACUGCAAGCUCAUUCCACAACUAAUCUCUGUCUGGCAUUGUUACAGCAAUCAACCCAAGCUGGUCAAAUGCCCGACUGGGGCAAACUGGGUCCUUAUCCAAGUGCCCUCUACCAGCCUCUGUUAUGAGGCUUUAAGUGACGAACUAUAGUCUUCAUAUUCUUUGGGAAAGACAGAUUUUCAGUCAGGGUUUAAAAACAACCUCUUUUCUCUUUAUCCUCUCCCCCUGCACAUUAAUACAGAGAGUAAGCAUCCAAAAAUAUCUUUUGAAGUUGUGCCUGAGAGUGACACCGUGCCCCAGUACGAUGUGAUGGGUGGCCCGUUCUCCUUGUGCCAGAAUGCCUGUAGCCUUGCUGUCUGGAAAACCAUCUGGGGAAUUUAAGGACUACCAACAGAAAAUAAGAAAUCUAAAAGCCCAGUCACACACUCAGUUCUUCAUCUAGGGCUGUUUUCCCCUUCGGAUUUUGAAAGUGAAACAUAAGGCACCUCUGAAUUUUACUGUAUUUUACUGCCAUCAUGUGGAGAAUUUUCUACAAAAAUGAAAAGUCAUCUACCCUGAUUGGAUAUCAUUUUCUCUGCCCUUGGCAAACUGAAAAAUCUAAUUCAAGCUUACAUCUAUAAAGAGCUAGCCCUGGAGCCACAAAUGCCCAAAUGCCUGCCCUGCAUCUGCAAAAUAUUCUACUGUCCUUAUAUGCUUUGCUUUUGCCCUACUCAAGCAAAAUAUCUGUUGGCACAGCAGAGCUCGUCAAAAGCGUGACAGCCCGGCUAUGCUUGCCAUUUCAUGUAUUCCAUUGCAGGUUUCUCUCUGUGGUCUGCAGGAACAUACAAGCAUUUAGUAUCAGUGUUAUUUUAUUCCACGAAGCAAUGAAACAAAUGGAAACAUUAUUACAGAAGGGUAUCUCAAAAUCACAUAAAAUAUCUUAGAAUCAGAAAUUUGUAUUUUUCAGGCAUUACUACUCCCACCCCACAAGCCUCCAUUAUCUCAGAUCACUGCAACACGUGAGGAAUUUGAUAACAACGUUACAACAGUUCCAGAAGGCAGUCAUUUUACAGGGCCAUGUUCAUUCUAAUUUAAGAAGAAGAGCGUUUCCACCUUUCAGGAAAUUCCAAGACUUCAAAAGUUUUGACCAAAACCAGUAACUAUAUUUCAAUUCAAAACAGCAAAACAGAACAUCACCAGGUUUGGUUUGGAUUUUAUUUCUUUUUAGUUUUGUAUUGUAGUGAUUAACAUUGCACCUACUGCUGUAAAAAUCAAAAUAAAGUAUUUAGGUAAUUUUUCAGUGAUGUCACAGCAAUGCUGACACAUCUGCCGUAAAGGCUUUACUUUUGUUAAAUCAAUACAGUCUGUAAGGCAAAUGCUGCCAGAAAAGCAUCUAGGAGCUGUUUCUUUUCCCAAAGACACGCAAAUAAAUGGCCUCAUUUUUUAAAGUGGACAGCCCCCUACGGCACCUCCUGAAUUCAGCACAACAGCAGAAAUCAGCCCUGCACACAGUUUAGAAAUUUAAUUGCUAUCUCCUGCCCAUUCUGCUCGCACUUGAAAUCAGAACUGUUUCUUAGUUUCCUUCUCCCUAAAUGGAGGCUGGCAAAGAUACUCAUUAGGAUCAAUUAGGUUCAUAAAUGAUUCCAAACUAAAAGGAUGUUCCAGUUGAUACAGACCUCCAUGAGGUACAAGACCUCUUCAGAUGAGCUGCUAAACUUGAUAACUAUUGAAAGUUGGCCUGAAGAUCUGUGAAGUACUGCAAUCAAGUCACUACCUUCUUCUAGUCUCAUAAAAAUUCAUUCAGAUUUGGAUAUACUAUUGAUAUGGCACAGGAAAAACCAGCACUCAGGAGCUUUAGCUUGAUCUGCUCCCAGAUUUGCCUUCCGUAGUCUUGGACACAAACAGUUCAAUGUUUUGCUAUGGCAUUCUGUGUAGUACAGACAUUUAAGCUAAGGGUAAAAAGGAUCCCCUACCACAAGGGAAUAUAUUCUACCUCAGGAAUCAGGAGCCAGCUCUACAUUUGUCUUUUAAAUGGUUAUAGUAAAUUCACACACUUCACAAGUAAAAUCCCAAUCACUACACUACUAAACAAACCCAUGCAUAACAACUGCAUUCAGCCACCCAAAAUAAUAGCCAUGCAGGGAGCUGAGUCACAAAAGGCACAAAAACUGAGCUUCUUGGGAAGCACAUGUCCAAUCUAUAUCCUUGGUUCAUCUACCUGCACUAUGAGGCACAACAUAUGACUACAUCACAUGAUUGCAUCACACAAUCUCACUGCUGACUAGACAAAGCUGUAGAGCAUCUAAUCCUUCUACGUGCAAAAAAUAUUCCCUUAAUCUGCUGUGGCAAACACCAUUAUAUACUGAAUGGUCACAUUCAAAAUUCUCACUGAGAGAAUGAGGAGUAUUUGUUAUCCUUGCACAUAAAGUAAUGAGUUCUUGCCUUUUCAUUUGCUUUUAAAAAGGACAGGAAGUAAUAGGCCAAAAUCCUUAUCAAAAUAAUAUUCUCAAAUAUAGUUACGUGGAAUUUAUAGAUUUGAUGUAGCAUCAAUUCUGCUGCAUUAUGCAUUAACAUUACCAGAUUAUCUUUAAUUUCCCAGUGACAUCUUAGGCUUUUUUCCACCAAAUAAUGUGCCAUUCAGUGGACAGGGUAAAAAAUAUUGGGAAUAAAUCAAAGCGAAAUAGAGAAUUAGGCUGUUGUAAUUGUUGUCCUUGCUGUAUAAAUAACACUUUAAAGUAAGAUUUACAAAUAUUUACUGUUAUUCUAUGUAAAUUAAAUAAAGCUCUUUUCAUUCUGGGGAAAAAAAAAAAAAAAAAAAAAAAAAAGGUCCACACUCCUUAAUCGGACCAAGUUUGACCUUUCCUGCCUACUGUAAUCCAAAGAGACCCACGACCCCCAGUGGUUGUUAGAUAUAAUGCAGGAAUGCAGAAAGCCAUUAAGAAUGUGAAGAUGCUUAGCACCAUUCUCGGGUUCACAAAAUUAAGAUGUGGCUAAAAAAAUGAAGACAUUGAACUAUCUACAAUCCAAGUUAAAGAGUCAGUAAAGAUGACCUUAACAGGAUCUACAUCUGUGACACGCACACCAAGACAACCCAACCCAAAGCAACCAUCGCCACCCAAAACACAAACUCCAAUCAUUUUGACCUCUAGGCAAAUAUAACAGCCAUCCUCCCAUGGAGUAAGAAGCACCUCUUUUAUGGCAACUGUGUAAAUCCCAUAUGUUCUUUCCUUGAAAAAGAACAGUAUAAUGAGGAAAUCUCACAAAAUGCAAUGUAUAUCACACAACAGCUUUGCAGCCUUCCAUGCAUGCACUGAAAACAGAAAGAAUCUGCUGAAGGCUAUAAGAGAGCAUGCUGCCUUCCAAACUACUUUGAACUGCUGAAAUGCCAUCCCAGCUAAAACCAGUCCCUGGAGCUGUUCUUUUAUAUAGCCUCCCAAAGGUGAAAGCUAAUAGUACCUUUUGCUUUGCUAUCCUCCAAUAUAAAGACAGUACAGUGGAGAGUAAAGAUCAUCAAAGGUGCGUGUUUUAUACAUGGUGUGCAUAGCUCUGCUAUAACCUUUAUGGAGCUUUCUCUUAAUUUGGAGACAUUUCUGUUAGUGAUAUAGUUGCAGAUGGACACCCGAAGCUGGAAGAUAAGUAUUUUGAAAUGAAAGCAUUGUUGCAUAAAGUUGAAAUGUAGAAAGAAAACAAACAAGUGCUAAAUACCUUCUCUUGAGAAAAAUCUUGUUAAAUGAACUGCUGGAUUAAAUUCUAUGAUCUAUCAAAACUUUAGGUCAUAGUAAUGGACCACAACAUAUCUCUUUUAUGCUUUAAGAAGUAUUAAAUAAGUUAAGCCCAUACAUGGAAUGUCUUUUUAAACAAAUCAGAAGGUUUAAUAAUGCUCUAAUGUCUAACAACACACAUAACACAAACACAAGAGGAAAUAUUUGGUGUCAAUCUUCUGAAACGUGGAGCAACUACUUCAUAUCUGUAUCCAUUCUUUGGUUAAGACUGACAAAAACUUACAUCCAGCAUUUCAACAAUAUUCUUCAAUUAAUCUAUUAAAAUUACAGAAACUAAUAACAAAAACAACCAAGAUAUCAGUAUCAAAUACUGGUUAGCUUUGGUUCAAUAAAGUGGCAUGUAUGAAGCCAUUAUUUGCAAGCUAAUUCAAUGCAACGCCUAUUAAAAUGUAUUUUGCCAGUGACAGCAAAAUAAAUUGGCGAGUGUAUAAAGAAAAAAGAUUGAGUAUUUGUUGCUUUCAAACAAACACCUCCUGCCUCUCCUGUUCAGACAACGUAUUACAAAACUAUGCUCUUCCUCUGAUCUGACUAUGUUUUACUUUCAGAGUUUGCUAACCAUUUCUUCCUACUGUGUUAGGACAAACGAUUAUUUCUUCCGUAAGCAUAUAUGAAGUCCACAUACCAUCGCCUAUAACUGUUCAGCAACCACACAGGACCUAUUAGCUGCUUCACUGGAUACAUAUUUGCUUGAGUCAUCAAAGACUAAUUCUACAUCUUUUCCUGGAAAAAGAGAUUAAAAUUAAAAUGCUGAAACACCUAAACUAAGCAAACAUGCAGUCAUACUUUACCCAUACUCUUUCCACUCUUUUCCUGUCGCAUGACCAAACUAAACAAGGAAGUGAAUGAAAAGCUAACACUCAUUUGCCAAAAUGUUCACCUUUAGAAUAAACAAACAAACCACAGUGCAGCAUAAUGAAAAAGGAAAACAUCCUGUUGUCACUGACAGUAAUCACUGAAAGCACACAGCAAAUGAGACUUUGGAUCAACGAAAGAUCAAGAGGGAAGAAAGGGAAAAUGAUAUAAAUUAUUAAAAACACACAAAUUAAAGCAUAAGGUUAUAGAAUACAAGGAAUUCAGGUGAUAACGCUCAAUUUAUAUCUAAGGUAUAAUUCAACUGAAUGCAGGGAGAAUUCAAGUGAUGAGAUAUAACUAAUUUAAGACAGAGGUUUACCUUGACUAUUCAAUAAGACUUCUCUAUGAACAGGAAAGUUCAGUUCUCCUACCUGUUGUUUCUCGGAUGAAUGUCUGGUGUCAGACAGUACAAACGUUCUGAAUCAGCUGAAGUGAAGGGCAGCUUUUUUUCCCAAAUACAGGUCUGUUGCUCUCUGAUGAGUUGUUUUCAAAGAGAACCCAUGGGCCCUCUAUACUCUGAAAAAUCUGGUCUCUGUGGAGAUCGGUGAGGGUUGUUUCUGGGAAUAUGGCAAUCAACACCAUGCCUAAGCAAAUAUCAUGAUGUAACAGCAUUCUUAGCAUGCUUUUCCUCAGAAUCCAAAACUCCAAAAUGGUAAGGGAUCCAAAUCCACAGCCUAGAUAUCACACAUCUCACAGUACUGUUUAGAUGUACUCGGAGACAGAUCUGGUAUUUAAAUACUCAAAAAUGCGUUCUAGCAGUCCGUGUAACUACUGUUCUUUCACAGCACUUUGAAUUGGUAGGAAUGAAAUCCCAUUCUGUGUAAGAUUUUCAAAAUGACAAUGUCAUUUCACACAGCCCCAGACAUUUUGAUUUGCUCUGUACAUGACAGGUUAUUUGCAAAAGAGGGCUGAGGCUAAAGAUUCCUUUCUUUUCCAUUCGGGAACUUAUUAGAUCACAUAGAUCUUUUUAAUAAGUGUGUUUCAGGUUCUUUAACCAAGACCACCAUUACAAUGGAAGCAUUUCUUUUAUGUACUACUAUUCAGGGAAAUCACUGUUGUUGCUCAGCCCUUCCACACAUCCUUUUUGUUUUCUCUCAUGAAACUGCUUUUCGUCUCCAAAUGCAAAAUAUCCUGAUAGACUUCUGGGUGCUGGCAGCGUUUAGAGAAAUAAAACAUCUAUUCUUGCUGUAGUCACUGAUGUAGAAGAUCCACCUCCUCCUCCUCGUUUGCCCUCAGCUUUCUGCAGUUCACGGAAAGCAAAUCCACACACACAUUCCUUCCACUAUUUCAUAUUUACCAACCAAGGAUUAGAGUAUCCUUUACUCCUCAUCUGCUUGCGACAGCUCUUUCAUCUGCUGUGUUUUCCCUGAGACUCCAGUUCCGAACCUUUCCUCUAUGCUAUGUGGCUGUGCAUACGCUGCAUCUCUUCCUCACAGCACAACAGGCACUAAAAAGCCUACGCUGCCGUUGGUUAGAUGAAUUAUACUGCUCAGCUCAGCACUUGGGACCUUUAGCAGCACCCCGGAUUCCCGGCUCUGAUCUCCUGCCCGAUCCUCUCAGGCGUCCAGGCCGGGCAGCUUCACCCACUCGCAUACUUGCUGCGUGUAGCAAAAACCACUCAUGCUUUUUGUGUGAAGACUCUCUUUUCCGACACUUCUCUGACAGCAGCGGGGCGGACGGACCUCCCGAGCGCUUUUUCAGGCGACACCUCGGCGUGCCCUUUUCCCUGGCGAGCCCCACGAGUACUCACAACCGCCGUGCAUCUACAGCCGCUUACUCCCCCACACCCGACCCCACCCGUGCUUGAGGGCCCGCGAACACGGCUCACACCGAGGUUAUUCCCGCCUCAACGCCCGAGGAGGCGCCACAAGGCACCACAAGGCGCCACGAGGCACCCCUCCGCCCUUCCCGCCCUAACGGCCACGCACGCGCACCGCCCCCGCCCCCCCGACAGAGGGCGCAAGCAGGCGGCCGUGCGCAUGAGCGCUGAGGGAAGCGGCCGGGUCACUUUCCCUUUCCGGGGCGGGCCGUGUAGCCGGCGAGGGAGCUUCGCGCUCCGUGGUGGCGGCGCCGCGCACGCGCGGAGCGGGUGGCGCCGAGGCGGCCGGCGGCCAGUUCCUCAAUGGAAGAGGUGUUGAAGACAGCCACCAGCACUGUGGAAGCAUGGAGACAAAAUAGUGAUGUAUUGACACCCUCAAGAAAAUAUUGGGCAAACUGAUGGAAAUGAAGAGCUUGAACCAUCACUUCAGCAUGGCAGCAACUGAAUCUGACAAGGACUCCGGAUACUCAGAUGGCAGUUCAGAGUGCCUAAGUGCUAUGGAGCAUACUGACUCUGAGGAUGUCCUGAAUGCAUUGUGUUGGAAUGCAGAGGAUGGGCCUUGGCCUUGCCCUGUGACCACGAGCAGCUCCUUUCCUGCACUUUCUCCUAUGGUUGUAAUGAAAAAUGUUCUAGUAAAGCAGGGGAGUUCAUCCCAGCUCCAGUCUUGGACUGUCCAGCCAUCCUUUGAAGUGAUUCCAGCUCAGCCACAGCUGGUAUUUCUUCACCCAUCAAUCCCACCUCCCAUUAACCCUCACCCUGUUGGGAAAAAGAGAAAUGAUCCCACUAAUAACUACCUGCCCAUCCUGAACUCUUAUCCCAAAAUAGCACCACAGCCCUGCAAAAGAGAUCACUCCUUCGAUCUAGAGGAACGUCAGGAAACCAAUUGCCAUAAACGACUCUGCACAGAAGCAUCUAAAAUGGAGACUUCUCCUGUAUCAAGGAGCACAGGUUUGUCUACUAAUCCUUUUGCCCAUUUACCAGUUAGCUUUAAGGCUCCUCAGGAUUCUAACCAGCAAAGUUCUUCAAGUUUGAUGACAACUGGAAAAGUGUCAACUCUUCCUGGUUUCCAUCGUGUUUCUGCUGACACUCCAAAAGUUCCAGGUUUGGCUUCUCUCUUGCCUUUUGGAACUCUACAGACAACAAAGUGCACUCCUCAUGAGAAUGAGAGUGCAUCACAAACUACAAUGCAGUCUGCGGUAUGGAGCCUGCCACUGAUAUCAGAAGAGACUUGCACUACCCCUGAGCUGCUUUUGCAACAGCAAAGUAAGUGCAGACGCUUUCAGAACACACUCGUUGUGCUACGCAGGUCAGGAUUGCUAGAGAUCACUUUAAAAACCAAGGAGCUCAUUCAUCAGAACCAGGUGACUCAAGCUGAGCUGGACAGGCUGAAGCACCAAACACAGCUUUUCAUAGAGGCAAUAAAGAACAAUGCUCCACAGUCAUGGGCAGAGUUAGAAGCAUCUCUAACAGGUUCAGAUAAAGCUAAUAGCAACCUUGAAGACUCCACUUAUCCAAACAUGUAGUAAAAUGGUACAUAGAUGUUGAGUUAUUCCUGUGCCUCCUGUUUCCUGUCUCAAGCUUUUACUUGAACGUUCUGAGUCCAAGAUGUGCAAGGUGGCAUGCCAUUUACAACUUGUCUUUACAGCCAGCUGUGGGUCUGGGACUGGAACAGCACAGUGGGAUCUUGACAAGAUGAGUACUCGCUACUCUAGUAUGACCUUGAACUCCAUGCUAACUCUAUACUUUCUUGGACUUUGGAAGCUUGGAUGUGCUCUGCUGGCAUGCUCCCAUUCUUGCUGUGAGAAGACAGUCAUUUGCAGAAUUCUACAAGCAAGUCUCUUCCUAUUCCCAUCUUCAGAUUGUCAGUUCUGAGAGUGGCACAGCAAAACAGUCCCCAGUAUUGGGCUAUCACCAGUUGCAAGUAGAUGAAGGGAGUUGGUAUGAGGAGAAGUUUCGUUUAGUGGGGUGGUAUCAGACUGUUGCUGACUGUUGAUGGAGAGUCUUGCUUUUGGGGUUACAAUUGUUUUGAAUUAGUGAAGAUCUGCUUGUGGUGAAGCAACAUUCUCUAUUUAUUGCAAUCUUUGACCAAAGUGAGAAGAGUCUUAGGAGCCUGGUGACUUGAUUUUGUUGAGUAUAAGUUGGAUUUUGAUUGUAAAGAUGAAUGAAUGAGAAUUGCAAGGCUUGCACUGGAAGUGUUUAUUUCAAAGCUGUAUUUAUUUGCACUACCCAUUACUGACUAAAAAGUGUACGGGGCAAGUGGCUUUGGAUUUUCUUGGUAGAAUGCAGAGGCGUUUUUAAACAUGGUGCAAGGAAGAUGCUUGUUCACCAGGGUUAAUUUGGCAAGACUAGUUAAUUGUUGUUUUAUCCGUAUAUCUUUCGUUUAUAAGGCUAAACUGCUUUUUUUUUUUUCUUUUGCUGUGAAAUUGUUCUGAUCUUGUUCAGCAUCUUCAUCAAUGACCUUGAUGAGGGGAUAGUGUCCAUGCUCAGCAAGUUUGCUGAUGAUAGCAACUUGCUGGGAUGAAGCUGGGAGGAAGCACACCAGAAGGCUGUGCUGCCAUUCAGCGAAACUUGGGCAGGCUGAAGAGUUGGGCAGAGAGGAACCGGAUUAGGUUUAACAAGAACAAGUGUAGAGCCUUGCACCUAGGGAGGAAUAACCACAUGCACCAGUACAGGCUGGGGACCUGCUGGAGAGGAGCUCUGCAGAAAGGGACCUGGGACUCUGCAGUGUGCCCUAGUGGCCAAGAAUGCUAAUGGUAUCCUUGGAUGCCUUAAAAGGAUUGUGGCCAGCAGGUCAAGGGAGGUGAUCUUCCCCCUUUACUCUGCCCUAGUGAGGCCUCAUCUGAAGUACUGUAUCCAGUUCUGGGCACCCCAGUACAGAAAAGACUGUUGAAAAGAGUCCAGCAAAGGGCCACUAAAAUGACAGAGUGCCUGAAGCACCUCUCUUAUGAGGAAAGGCUAAGAGACCUAUGUCUGUUCAGACUUGAAAAAAGAAGGCUGAGAGGGGAUUUGAUCAAUGUCCAUAAAUAUCUAAGGUGCAGGAGGCAAAGGGACAAGGCCAGACUCUUUGCAGCAGUGAUGACAGGAAAAGGGGGAAUGGCCACAAGCUGAAGCUUAGGAAGUUACACACAAAUGUGCAUAAAAACUUCUUCAUGGUAAGGGUGAAGUGAUGGAGCACCGGAACGGGCUGCUUAGAGAGACUGAAGCCGCCUUCUCUGGAAACAUUUAAGACCUGCCUGGAUGCCUACCUGUGGAACCUGGUCUAGGGAGCUUGCUUCGGCAGGAGGGUUGGUCUAGAUGAUCUCUAGAGGUCCCUUCUAGCCCCUACAAUUCUUUGAAUCUAUGAAAUCAACUGCUAAGAAUGAAAAAAAGGAGAGAAGUGAGAGUAGAAGGGGCAUAAUGGUCCAUGGUAAAACAAGUCCUCCCAUCUCCCUUCCCUCCUUUUUUUUGUUAUUGAGAGAAAUUGAGUGAAUAUGUGUAUUUAAAAAUAACUAAGUAAAAAGAUGUCAACUUGGAAAAUCUUGCUAGAAGUUUUAUCUGCUUGAGUUUGGAGUUAAACAAAACCAUUUUCGUCCAUGUAAAUGUAUCUCAUCCCUAGCCCUCUUGACAUUAAAUGUACUUAAGGCCUAACGUCUCAUGCAGUGUUAUUAGCAGACAUCUGCAGUUGUCAGUUGCAAAAGCUAUUCUACAGACGUCAGUUUAUCUAGACACUUGUCAGUCCCUUCAAUAAAAAGGGUCUGUUUGUUUGCUUUUUACCAGAGACAGGCUGUGUAAAAGAACUAAGAAUGUCUCUACCUAUGAAGGUUAAGAAAUCUGGAUUGCUUAUAGUGUGUUCAUUUCCACUUGAAAAUGCUUUCCAAAAAUUGUGCCAUAUAGAUUACUGGGUAUUUUGAUGCUCUGAUCAUUUCAUUUCAUAUUCUUAAAAGAGGUAGUUGAAAUUAUAGUAGAACUCCUGCUAGUUUGUGGUUAGACCCCUUCAUUUUCUGAUGCCUUUGGGAAUUAAGAUUAGAGAAGUCUGUGGAGAAUGCUGUUGUAAACUUCCUAAAAUACACUCAGUAGAAAAGAUGCAAGGUAUUUCCCUCUAAUUUGGGGUUUCCCCCUUUUUAGGCAAAAACGAUGUAAAGAAAUGCUGUAGAUGUCUCAUGUGGAGGAGAAAUGGGAGUCACGUUUUCCCUAGCCAGAGGCCUAGAGAUAAAUUUUGUGGCAGGAUUCCCCAUAAAGCCCUUUAUGAGCUGUAACAAACUAAUAGCAGUGUGUUUCGUUGUUCAUCCUGUUCUCCUGUUGAACUGCUGUGCUGCUACUCCUGUAGCACGGUACAUGGGAAUAUAUUAAGAUACAAAUUUUUGAAGACUGUGUUGUGUUUUCACUAUAAUUAUGCGUAAUAGGAUAUCUCCUAAUUGCAGCACAGCAAUAUCAAAAUUCAACCAGAGAAACCAGAAGGCAGGAAAGCAGUAUAAUAUAGUGUAACAAUGUAGGAUGUAACUAGCUCUUCUAGAACUAUAUGUAUACAUGUGCAUUAAAUGACAAUUGUUGGGUGGGUAGAUAUGGUGGGGCCUUGUGCCAUUUGUGUAAGAAUCCCAGAGGAUAAGAGCUUCUUAGAGGAAGGAGCAAGAGGCAGCUCCAUUGAUCUGAUACCUUUAAUAGGCUUAGAGGUGCGGUGUGGGAAAGUGCACAGGAUAUCUUUUCUAUUUUUCUUAGCAUUCUUAUUCUGUCUAUCAAUUAUAGAGAGGAAUAGGAAGUUCAAAAUGUGUUAAUAGGAAGUGAUUGUCUUCCUAGAAAACAUAAUGGUGGAUUCGGGUUUCCCCUAGAGAUGAAAGGAGGUAAGAAAAAAAGUUGAAUUCCAGCUGUUUAUGAUGAGUGAGUACACCAGUAACCUCUUAAAUAAUUUUAUGUUAUUACUUUGAAGGGACCUUCAAAGAUCAUCGAAUCAAACUGCCUAACUGCUUCAGGGCUAACUCAAAGCUAAAGCAUGUUAAUGAGGGCAUUAUCCAAAUGUCUUUUCUAAUAUUUCAAGCAUGGGGUAUCAUCCCCCUUGUAGAGAUUUCCUCUAGGAAACCUGUUCAACUGUUUGACCACCCUUACUGUAAAGAAGUUUUUUUUUACUGUUUGAUCUCCUUCCUAUUUCUGUUGCUCUGUUGGAGUAAAGGGAAUGGAAAAACCUGGCCUUGCAGGGCACUUUGACUUAGGGAGCCCCUAGCUGCUAAAACUCACUCAUAGUCCUCUCGGCACCACAUACAUUUUUUCCUGACAGCACCAAGAGUGAGCUGAAGUGUAUGCUUACAGCUGAUAGGCAUUUCAGAUGGUUAAUUUGUAUAAGUAUGUAUUUGAUGAAUCUGGAAUCAUGUCCGGUAGCUGGUUAGAAAUCUACUGGGCAUCAGUCCAGAUUUAAACAGUUUUUGCUGAACUAGAAAAAUCACUCUAGAACUCUAGAUAGGUAGAGCCGGGGCCCCAUAGGAACUGCAUCCCUAGACAAAUUUUGCUUCAAGAUUUGCGGUUAACAUAAAGGGUUUUGAAGGCCCUAAUAACAGAUACAUUGUCAGAUAUCUUUCUGUUCAGUUUCUCUUAGCUGCCUUUAUUCCGAGAAGCCCUAGUAAAGCUUUAAAUAAUAAGGACUUUCCUUUCUUGGCUGCAAUUUAAUAAAACAGUAUAGCUCUGGUGCUCUUUUGAAGAAAAUUAGUUGACUGUAUUAGGACAAGAAUAGAUGUUGAUUCUGGGCAGGGGUCUGGAAGUGGUCCAGUGGAGAUGAGCAGAAACAUUAGCCUCUUUAAUUGGAAACAUGCAAGCAGUAAACUUAGAGGGUUUUUUUUUUUUAAUUAUUUUAAAAGUGGCAAGACAAGUCAGUCUAAAACACGUGUCCCAGUCUAAAAAGUCGGUGAGAUGGUCUGCUGGGACUUCAGUUCCUGUUGACAAUUAGCAAGCAGGGUAUAUUCAUGGCUCAGACAAACAGACAAACUGUUUUUCUAUUGAGGUUAAAUAAACAUUGGUAUUUUUGAUUACUUUUGCUACAUAUUUUUGAAGUUCUACUGCUCUAGUUGGAAUGUAAACAUUUUCUGUACCUUUCAGGUUCAUUGUCAGCUUUGAAUACAGUAGCCUAAGAGCCCUGUUAUAAAACAUGACCUUUUUGUUAAAUCUUUACAGAAAUAGACUGUGAAAUACAAAUCAAAUAAAGUAUAUAGUUGAAAAAUAUAUGGCUUGGUCUAGUACUGUUGAGCUGCCAAGUCCUUGAGUCCAAAUCAUGCUUUACUUAUUUCCAUAAGACCAUGUUCCCCGUGUGGGAAAGUGCAGAUCCAAAAGUGAUACUAUGAUUUCUUACUGAAGAGUGACAUGUGAGCUUUAACAGUGUAUAUGAAUUAAAGGAUUUCUGGGAGGAGCCUGACUCAGAGUGGCCUGUACAGAACUUCAAAAAUAUAUUGCAGUGCGUGACCAUUGCCAUAGAUUUGUCAUGAAAACUUGGAAGAAUUUUUCAGUUUCUUAGCUGUUACUUCCAUGUGAUGACUGUACAUUAUACUCACCGUCUGUGCAGGGCAAACUUCUACACUAGCUCAAUCUGCCAGCCAGAUACACAUAAGGUCUGAAUUGUGAAGGGUAUGGAUAGUUUGUUGGGUGAAAAAAUUGAGUCCUUCUCUUGGAGGAGAAUGCUCAUCAACUAAAUCUGUAUCCCAGAUUUUCAAUAAAACAUGUUUUUCAAAA